AGAAUUAUAUUGAAACCUAGUGGUGCCCGAUAAAAUAAGCUCAUUGAAUUUUGCUCAAUGAUGCAGUAAUUUACCACAAUAACGCUCUCCACUGUGAACGAAUGUCUGUUUUUGGAUAAACGCAGGAGUCUCUUUUCGGGAAUUUAAUGUGAGAUAGGGGCAUUGCUGUCCGAUGAAAACAUAGAUUAGAAUUCCCGAUUCUUGCUUUCUAUUAGGAGGAAAAUAGAAACAGAACAUCCACACAGAAACUGCAGGAACUGAGAUUUCACGAGUUUCGCUGUUUCUCCUUCUUUACUUGUUUCCAUUAACCGUAAAAAAGAAAAUAACAAAGCUUAGCUUUCCUGCGAAGAAAAUGGCUACUAUCAGAAUGCCAGAUACUGUUCCUUCUCCAUCCCAAGACUGUGAGAGUCUCAGAAAAGCUGUUCAAGGAUUAGGAACAGAUGAGAAGGCGAUUAUACGGAUAUUAGGUCACAGAAAUGCAAGUCAAAGGAAGAAAAUCAGAGACACAUAUCAGCAACUUUACAAUGAAUCUCUAAUUGAUCGUCUCCAUUCUGAGCUGUCUGGUGAUUUUAGAAAAGCAGUAAUUUUAUGGACAUAUGAUCCCGCGGAAAGGGAUGCCAAACUGGCAAAUGAAGCAUUGAAUGCAAAGAAUAAAACCACAAAUGAACUACAAGUGAUAGUUGAGAUAGCAUGUGCAAAUUCUCCUCAACAUCUACUGGCAGUAAGGCAGGCUUACUGUUCUCUUUUUGAUUGCUCCCUUGAAGAAGACAUUGCAUCUCAAGCCCCUUUGCCCCUUAGAAAACUCUUGGUGGGCUUAGUAAGCUCUUACAGGUAUGACAAAGAACAGGUGAAUAUGAAUAUAUCCAUCUCAGAGGCAUCUAAAUUGCAUGAAGCCAUCAAAAGAAAGCAACUAGAUCAUGAUGAUAUAGUGUAUGUUCUCAGCACUAGGAAUGUGUAUCAGCUUAGAGCAAUGUUCGAGUGCUAUCAGCAAAACUUUGGAAAUCCUAUUGACCAGGACAUAAAGAGUUGUGGAAAUGGCGUAUUGGAAUCUCUAUUAAGAGUGGUAAUUUGGUGCAUACAAUCUCCAGAAAAACACUUUGCUGAGGUCAUUAGAAAUUCCAUCAGUGGGCUUGGGACAGAUGAAGGUUCACUAACAAGAGCUAUUGUAACUCGAGCUGAAAUUGACACAAUGAAAAUCAGGGGGGAGUACUUCAACAUCUACAAAACUAACCUUGAUGGUGAAGUUAUUGGUGACACAUCAGGGGAUUACAAGGAUUUCUUGAUGACCUUACUUGGUGCUAAAAUCUGAUUCAUUCUCCUCGCGCUCAUUUCUGAUUGUAUUUGGAAUGCUGAAUAUUGGAUUGCUUGUGCUCAUAUCUUUGAAAUAAAAGUGGUAAACUGGUUGGAUCAGACACCUAAACUUCACUGUUCAGUUCAGUUGUGAUUCUAGUUUGAUGGUCUGUACAUAAACCUCACCAAUCCCUUUGCUUUAUAUGAAAGAUGAUGAUUUCCUUAUUGCAAUGCAAAUGAUAUUUCAGCA